CUCAGAAUCUGGCAACAAAACCUUCGAAAGUCAUCUCAUGCCUGGGAGCACAUGUUAAGGAACCUCAAUGCUAACAAAUACAACAUAGCAUGCAUCCAAGAACCUUUUCUAAACCCUGUCAACCUAGCUAACACAUCAAACCUCAGAGCUUACUGGGACAUAAUAUACCCCACGGAUCACAACAAUACACCCGACCACACCCAAGUAAUCAUCCUCAUAAAUAAGUGUCUCUCGAAAAACAACUGGCACAUUGUACCAAUUAAAUCACCGAAUGUAAUGGCUCUCAAACUCACAGGCCCAUUCGGAAAGGUGCAUAUAUACAACAUAUAUAAUCCAUGCGACAGUGAUCGCACAAUACAC